AUGCCAAAUUUUUAAUUCAUAAAAAAGAUAGCUUUAAGUGCUUUAGCUAUAAUUAUCCUAGUCACUUUUAUUUUCUUCAGUGAUAAUACUGACUAUGAGAAAGAUAAUAGAAAUUUAAAAGAUUUCAGAUAGCUUGAAUAAAAUAAAUACUAAGAUCACUUUUAAGAAAUAUUGAAAAAAUAUGAUAACUUUUGUAUUAAUGGCAAAGAUAAAUCAAAAUUAAAUACUUAAUAGUAACAUGAAGAAUUUUUAAAAGGGCCAUGUGCACCUGUAAUAUUAAUCCCUGGUCUACUAGGAACUAUUCUUUAGGUAAAAAUUGAUUGUGAAAAAUUGUUAUCUAGAAAUCCAGAAAUCUUCUAAAAUUGUGGAUGGGGAACAUGCUCAAAAUACAACAUUUUUAAAAAGAGACCAGCUUCUGAAUAUAGGCUCUGGAUAGGUGGAAUUUUCUCUAAAACAAGUUUCCUUUAGUUAAGUAGUAAGGACAAAUGCUAUGGAGAUCUAAUUGGAUUAGUUUAUAAUCGUUAAAAAAAUAUAUUAGAGGGUAAAGAAGGACUGGAAGUUACUUGGUAUGGAAACACAGAGUAGACUAGAAAUGAUAGUAAAUGUGGAGCUAACUCAAUUAAAGAUUUUGCUGAGGACAUAAUUUUGAAGAAUGCUUUAGGCUGUACAUCUAGAGGUUUUGGAAAUGUUAUUGAAUUGUUAGAUGCUAUGGGAUACUAGUCUGGAUUAACUUAUUAAGCUAUUCCUUAUGAUUUCCGCUAAGAUGUAGCUUAAAGUGAAACAUAAUAAAUAAUUCCUAAAGCUAUAGAUCAUUUAUAUGAAUUAACUGGUAAAAAAUCUAUCAUUUUAGGCCAUUCAUUAGGUAAUUUACAUGUACUUAACUCUUUAAGCAAUAUUUCGCAAGAAACAAAAGACCUUAAAAUUAAAUAAUUUAUUGCUGCAGGUCCUCCUUUCCUUGGAACUCCUAAAUCCUUUAUUGCUAUGCUCGGAGGCAAUCCUGAAUACGUUAAAAAUAUUUUAGGCAAAUAAUUUGGAAUGAAUUACUAUACUUAAAUAUCUUUUACCCAAGGCUGCUCAAGUUCUUAUGAUAUACUCAUUAAGGAUACUUUUGAUAAAUUCAAAAAUGAAGAUUGGAUGAAGGAAAUAAUCAGAAGAAUAGAUUAUGAAGAAACUGGGUAUUAUGAAGGUUCUAUUCCAUUUGCCUUUUUACCUAACCCAUAAGAAACCUGUCUGAAUGACGUGUUUGAAACAAGAAAAGGUGGUAUUUGUAAAAAUGGGCUUGUCAAUCUGUAAAAAGAAAUUAUAGUAAGAAUAAAUGGAGAAGCUUUUAAAGCAACAUAGGAAGAUAUUUAAAAAAUAUUUACAAAAUACAGCACUUAUGACGUAGAAUAAGCUUUAUAGUUAUAAAAUAAGUCUUUUGAAGCAGAAGGUCUACAAAAUUUAACUAAUCCUAAUGUUCCUACUUCUAUAGUUUACAGUAAUAUGCUCAAAACUGAUUUAUUUUUUAGCUACAACAAAGAUACUUAAAAAGUCUACAAUGAUACUAACGAUUUUUAUUUCGCUGAUCACGUGGAAAGUGGUUUAGGUGAUGGUACUGUCCCUACAUUUUCAGCAAUCAUACCAGGACUUAAAUGGUUUUAUGAACAUUAGUAAUAAAAAGAAAAUAGUAAACCCCUCUAAUUAGUAGAACUUUGUUCUAAUGUCAGAAAAGAAAAUCCUUUUUAUGAUUCAAUAUCGGUUAAUGGUGAAACAGAAUAAACUCACUCAUAAUAUAGAGGAAUUAAUUGUGAGUGUUAAAAUGGGGAUAAAUAAGAUAUUUGUGGUCAUACAUGCAUGAUUAACGACUCUUAUUUUUUAGAUUUCGUUGCCUAGUCUAUGAUUACUUUUUAAAAAUCUAGUAAAAAAUAGAAUUAUUUUAGUCUUAAAGAACUUGAAGACCUUAAAAAUUAUUGUCCAACUCUAAUUCUAUGA